AUGUUGCGCUUAAUACGAAUAUUUAGUUCUCCAGAGACGAGAGCCUUAAAAUCGUCUCAACCACUGACCAACUUGCUGGCACGAUUAGGCACAUUCGCACCGCGUGAAUUUCAAUACGAAACAUCGGAUGGCGAAAGUGGCACCUUGAUGCAUCGCUUUUCCCGGCACGUGUCCCUUACGAAGCGUGAUUUCACCGACAAAACAAAGUAUGGAUUCAAGGUAUCCAAUUUCUACCCCCUGCCGAAUGUGAACACCUAUGGUCAACAGAUACGUGAUCUGGAGACCAUCGAUUUGGCUAAGUUGAUCACCUUUACGACGGAUUUUCGCAGCAAAACGGAUUUCCGGUCCUACACGGAAAUCGUGAAUGCGCUCGACGAGGAGUGUGUACGCCGGGUGACGAAUGCAACAAUGUACGAACUGUUGGAAAUGUUGCACUGCUUCAUGUAUCUGUUGCCGAACAAAAUGGCCCAGCUAAAAUCGUACCAAACGGCCAUGCCAAAGCUUAUUCAACUGUUUGGCAGUGGAGCAUCAGAAAAUGAGCGCAAUUUCUUGUCGAUCGUUUUCUUCCUCGGUCUGUGGAAGCGCAACAAAACCGGAACGAUAUUGAUGAAGGAGUUUCUUCAACAAUAUUUGGACCGUUACCUGACACCGGACCUAACUCGGAUGGAUUUCGUCAUACUUGCGAAUGCAACGUACAAAACGAGUCUACGAAUGGUGGACGAAUCGGAAGCAUUCAAGAGUAGACUAACGCAAGAGAUAGUUCAGUUCGACAAUGAAGAUGAUUCGGCGCUACUAGUUACGCUGAUAAAAUGUGCCCGAAUGAAUCGGCUUUCGUCGGACGAGAUCAUGGAGAAAGUACACUCGUUUACAGAGGAGAACAUAACACGUAAAGAGCUAGAUUUCCGUGGCCUCUCCCAUCUGUUUGCGUACGUAGCAGACAAUCGGAUAAAGGACGACACCUUGGCUGAACUUUUCGUGCAAGGAUGCUGGACUCGAUUCGAGGCGGAAGUUGGUAAGCAUGGGUUCGAAACACAAACGCAAUCCUGCCGUCCGAAGGAUAUUGGAACGUUCUUAUGGAGCUGUGCCACUCUCGGCGUACCGAUGGAAGCUUACAGUGGUAUUAAUUUAAACAUGUUCGAAAAAGCGAUCCGAUUGAAAGUUAACGCCGGGGAGUAUCGGUACAUCCCAGACGUGCUUGUCGAUACAAUCCUUUCACUGUGGAUUUGUGAGCGCAAAUCGAUUGGACUGUUCCAGCUCCUGUUUAAGGAUCGAACGUUGGUUCAAAAUCUUCGCAAAGAUCGCUCGAAGCUAGAAUCGAAAAAGGAUCUGCUACUCAGCUGUGCCGAAAUAGACUUGCCCGAUGCGACGGAUGUGAUGAAAUCGGUGAGAAAACCAUCGGAAGAUGCGUUUGUUCUAAACCGACCUGCACAACCAUUUUUGCUGAGACCUGACUUAAAGAAAGUAGCGGAAUGUUUAGAGCGAUUAAAAGAAUCGAAGCAAUUGCCCAUAUCAAGUAUUAGCUUUAAUCUUCCAGUGAAGCAUUUGAAUAUUGCUGGUAUUUUAGUUAAAAUGGCCACUGGUGUCGAAAAGAAUUUGGACGUACUUGAUGAAAAGCACACUCUGAGUGAUGGAGAAUCACCUGUUGGACUCAUGAAACUGAAGACGCGAAUAUUGAAAGAUAAAUCCAUCGAUCAAGCAAUGGUUAAUCUGUGUAGAUUGGAUACACCGGAUGUUUUGGAGCAAGAACUAAGGCGAAUUCUGGCAGAGUCAAAACAACAAAAGGAUUGA